CCCAAAGUACAAUCAAACCCCAGAAACCCCGAACGGCAGCAGAGUUUGAGAGUUUAGCAAGCAAAAUCCAGACAAAGGAACAAUGAAAAAGAAUAUCUCUCUGAUUCUGAUGGGUGUUGGAGGCGUUGGGCGUCAGCUCCUUCAACACAUUGUCUCCUGUCGAUCUCUUCACGCUAAACAGGGAAUUCACUUGAGAGUUGUGGGAGUAUCUGAUAGUAAAUCCUUAGUUGUUGCAUCGGAUGCAUUUACUAUGGAGUUGGGUGAUACAUUUUUAAUGGAAGUUUGCCGGGUCAAGUCGGAUGGUGCUUCUUUGUCCACAAUUAGUGGUUAUGAUGAAUCCAAGGUAUUCACAAAUUCAGAAUCAACCAAAAAGAUUAUAGAUGUUGCUGCAUUCUUGGGCAAAUCGACAGGCUUGGCUCUUGUAGAUUGCUCUGCCAGUUCUGAGACUAUUCCCGUGCUAACCCAAGCAGUUGAUUUGGAUUGUUGCAUUGUCAUGGCAAAUAAGAAACCUCUGACUUCGACAAUGGAGGAUUAUGACAAAUUAAUUUUAUACCCAAGGCGUAUUCGCCACGAGUCAACUGUUGGUGCUGGCCUUCCUGUCAUAGCAUCCUUAAAUCGCAUACUUUCUUCUGGAGAUCCUGUCCACCGCAUUAUUGGGAGUUUGAGCGGGACAUUGGGUUAUGUAAUGAGCGAGGUUGAAGAUGGAAAGCCACUAAGCCAAGUUGUUCAAUCUGCUAAAAACCUGGGUUACACUGAACCAGAUCCACGUGAUGACCUUAGUGGGAUGGAUGUCGCAAGAAAGGCUUUGAUACUUGCAAGGCUUCUUGGUCGGCGGAUUAAUUUGGAUGACAUUAAGAUUGAGAGUUUGUAUCCUGAAGAAAUGGCACCUAGUGUAAUGUCUAUUGAAGACUUUCUGGGAACUGGGAUAUUAUCGCUCGAUAAAGAUAUCCAAGAGAGAGUCUCUAAGGCUUCUUUGAAUGGGAAUGUGCUACGUUAUGUCUGUGUGAUUGACGCCUCAAGGUGUCAAGUUGGCAUUCAAGAGCUUCCAAAGGAUUCUCCUUUAGGAAGACUGAGAGGAAGUGACAAUGUGUUGGAGAUUUACACGCGAUGUUACAAUGACCAACCGCUGGUCAUUCAAGGAGCUGGAGCUGGCAAUGAUACUACAGCAGCUGGUGUCCUUGCUGAUAUCAUUGACAUUCAGGAUUUAUUUCCGUGAACGCUUGUACCUUACGUGGAAUGCAAUUACAUUGCCUAGGUAUCUUAGCGUAGGCGAUAGAAAAUCCAGUGGUUACUUACAUGAUAGAUUGUAGUCACUGUUGUACAUCUGGAGAGAGAACCUUGCAGAACUUAAUGAGCAAAAUGCAAUAUUUUAGAUUUGAAUUGACAGAUACCUUUUGUCCAUAUAGGAACUUAAGGAUGAGAAAUCCAGGUGGCAUCGACCUGAUCUGAAGAUUUUAAUUUCACUUUGUUUUGCAUUGAA